GCCCAGUCCGCGCCGCCCCGCGCCCGCUCCACUCGCCGCCGGCUCGCUGGGCGUGGGGAGGGCGGCGAGCACGCAAGCCGAGCGGCUGACGUGGGACGAACUGCCAGGUAGCGGAAGCAGCCAGCCGCCGGCGGAGACACUUCGCAGCGUGGCAGCCCGGGUCUGCGCCUGAAGCCUCAGGAUCCCAGCCAGCUUGGUCCAACCCUCGCCAGUCGCAAUCCCCUGUGCCCAAGCCAAUCUACGCUGAGAGCGGCAGCAUGCAUGCAGUGUCGCGCCCCGGGCUCUGAAAGCAGCCCGUGAACAAGCUUGGUUGCCUGUCUUUUUAGGUUUUGGGGCUCUUGGCUACACGGAUGUGCCUCCCUCCCUUGGCAUGAUGGGGAUCUUUUUGGCGUCUGUUGGAUUUGUGUUCUUUUCCGUGUUAUAUGUACAGCAAGGGCUUUCUUCUCAAGCAAAAUUUACCGAGUUUCCGCGGAACGUGACUGCGACCGAGGGACAAAAUGUGGAGAUGUCCUGUGCAUUCCAAAGCGGCUCCGCUUCAGUGUACCUGGAGAUCCAAUGGUGGUUCCUUCGGGGACCAGAGGACCUGGAGCAUGGAACCGAGGCGGCUGGCUCUCAGGUGGAGCUCUUACCCGACAGAGACCCGGACAAUGACGGGACCAAGAUAAGUACAGUGAAAGUCCAAGGCAAUGACAUCUCCCACAAGCUUCAGAUUUCCAAAGUGAGGAAAAAGGAUGAAGGCUUAUAUGAGUGCAGGGUGACAGAUGCCAACUACGGGGAGCUACAGGAACACAAGGCCCAGGCCUACCUGAAAGUCAAUGCCAACAGCCAUGCGCGGAGAAUGCAGGCCUUUGAAGCCUCGCCCAUGUGGCUACAAGACAUGAAGCCUCGAAAGAAUGUGUCAUCCGUGGUUCCCAGCAGCAUCCACAGCUCUGCCAACCAACGAACGCACUCCACCUCCAGCCCUCAAGCGGUAGCCAAAAUCCCCAAACAAAGUCCACAAUCAGCAAAGAGCAAAUCGCCUGUAAAAUCUACGGAGCGGACAGCAAAGUUGACCCUAAACUCCAAGCACCAUUCUGCACCCCUGUACUCUAGUUACCUACACAAGGAACAUCAGCUUCCGGAAGCAUAAGUGAAGAGGCUAUUACACGCUUUAUUGAUAGUAUUUUCUUUGGGAAGUCGCUGAUCUUUUAUUUGAAGAGAAUUAAUGUGAAGCGAUAGGACAUUUUUCUAAUAACAAGAUCUGGUUUUUUGUUUUGUUUUGUUUUCUUUCAACAAAUAAAAUCUACAUUUCACUAACUGCUCAGGAGUUGGCCUGAAAGUCAUCAGUAUUGUAGAUAGUUCCAUGGAUUCCAUCAGUUUCCUACUAAGGGACACCUAAUCCGAAUGAAGCAAACAAAGAUGGCAAGCCUAAAACAUGCAAACUAUCUUCAAGCAGCACCCCAUCGGGGGAAACAAAAAAACAAAAUGCUGGACACUGCGGAUCAACAACAUGCAAAUUUAUUUUACAUAAGGAAGAAUCAGAGUAAUUUUUUUUUUGGAAAAAAAAAACCAACUUUUUUUUCCCCCGUGGAAUUUUUCUUGGAGUUUCUCUUCUUUUCCUUGAUUGCCGUUCUUGUUCCGUGGUAGCAAGUGCCAAUUAUGGCCAAUCCUAGUCAAUCCUGGGAGGUUUAUAUUCAUACAUAUUGAGUGUGCUAUAUUUCAAUGUAUUUUAAUUCAUUUUGCAAUUUCUGUAUAUGCAAACCUGGCAAAUUCUGUAAAUUGCUUCUAGUAUGUGUGAUAUGACUUCAAGGUAGAUAGAUACGACCCUCAUGCAAGCUGAUUUUCUUCAUUCUAUAUGCAAAUAUAUCCAUGAGCAUAUAUUAGGCCACGAGCUUCUUUUCCUAAAGCAUUAUUUUUCUUUUAUAACUCACGUAUUGUGUGAAUUCUGUAGUGUGUUUCUCUGUUCCACUGGUUUCAUAGCUACGGUUUGUCUCUGUUGUCCUCUGCUUCCUCCUGGAAAAUGCAUAUUUAAAUUGUAUAUGUCUCUGAUAAAUGAAUUAAUUUUGUUGUGUGUGUACCAUGUUGGAAUUUGCUGCGUUCUUUUAUAUGUGUGUUUAUUGAGGUUUGGGGAUCUCGAGUCCGAAGAAUGCACAUCCUGGUUUUGACAGAUCUCCUCAUGUUAUCAAUAUUCUGUCUCAGAAAAAGAAUGAGGCCAAGUGGGAAAACUGGAGAAGAUAUUUUGACUCAGGUUCCUGGAAGAGCAUGUCACACUCAGACUAAAUAACGCUGCUUCCUUUGUUCUUCAAGAAUUUUUUAGCUUUGUCAUUCUGUUAUUUGCUGCUAAUUAUAUUUUAAUGUCUACUAAUUAAAAUUUAAAAUGUGAUUGUUGGCUGAAUAGAAUAUGCAAAUGACUGCAAACCCCAUACUAAAGAAGAUAGGUGUUCAAUCGUCACUCAUUAAUCAUAGUUUUAAAUAUUCUGUUGUUAUUUUUGACUUUAUUAAUGUUACUUAGACCCAUUCUAAAUCAAUCUUUCUCUGGCAAAGAAAGAUAUAACAAUUAAUACAGUCCCUCUUACAAAAUAGAAUAGUUAUGGUUUGAGAAAAAACACAUCCAGAUAGUCUUCUAGAGAGAUUAUUGUAUUUCCUUUCAGUAUAAAUUCAGAACACCAUCUGUGUAGGAAUGGUCCAUUCCCAGCUUAAGGUUCGAAACUGAAGCUUGAAGGCCAUGAAUGCCUUUACUUUUUUUUAGGUAAAGGGGGGGACUCUGCCAUUCUAUAAGCAAUGUGUAUAUUUUCAUAACAUUCUUGAUAUUCUCUUUUAAGAAGUAUUGUUUUAUGCUAAAUCUUUCCUUGCCAUUUUUUUUUGUUUCAUUUGAUUCAUUAUUUCAUUCUAGUGAGAAAAAUAAAAGUUUAGUUGUGAUAUUUUAUUAACACACAAAUAUAUUUUCUUUCAAAGUUAAAUAUCUGAAAGUUGUUUAGAAUGAUAGGUAAACAUUACCUGUUAAGUCUCUUUGAGCUUAAAGGAUGCCAUACAUUAAGGCAUAUAUUAAUAUUCUGAUUUAAAAUCAACCAUACUUGGAAAAACUAUCAUGUAUUCUAUUUUUACUCAAUGUCCAAUUAAUGAUAUCAGCCAAUUCUACGUAAGCCAAACUUGUACCCAUAUCAGCAAUGUUCAUCCUGCUUGUAAUAAAAGAGCACAUGCUAGUUUGGGAAGAAUGUUCACUAGAUUCAUUGUAUCAGUGUCCAAAAUGAUAAAGACCUGUGCAUCACUGUGUGACCAAAGUCCAGCCAGCCCUCCACUUGCAUGAAGGAAGAUGGCAUACUAUCUGUUUGUUCUAAACUCAAAAAAGUAUGGAACUUUCAACAUUAGAGCAGAAAAUACAGCUGUUAAUGAGACCUUGUAAACAGCCGUACCUUAAGUUAUAUUCAUUUGGGACUAUAUUUUUUUAUGUAGCCAUGAUUAUGGAAAUGUAUAGAAAUGCAAAAGUAUCUGGCUUUCUCAACCUUGUCUCCAAGGUUGUAUAGUAUCUUUUAUAAGAUAGUUAGAAAAAGUUGAAAUUGCUUACAUAAGUUUAAGCCAGAGAUUUUAUUUCUUAAAGACUUAUAGGCCGUUAACAAAACAAAGGAGGCAAAUGAAAAUCCUACCGAACAAAAUAAGAUACUGGAAUUUUCUAAAACAGAGCUGUAAUCUGAGUUAGUAAGGAAGCUUCAUGGAGAACCAGCACCGUUGACAGUCAGCCCUGCAUGUCCUUCAGCAGCACACUGGGGCAACUAACUAUUCGUGCGGUGUUUAUGCUGUAUUAGGCAUAGCAAUUAGAGAUGAUUUAACAUGCAGCAGAAGGUGUUUAUCAUUUUCAAAUGCUAUGUCACUUUAGCUAAGAGACUCGAGUACCCACAAUAUUCUGAUAUCCAAUGACAGGCCUGUAUAGCCAUCUAUCUACAGAUGCUAGGGGGAGAUCUAUAUGUGGAUGGUUUUUCUGAUAUUCAUUUUAUAGACAUAGUCCUUGGCAUGUUUACUUAUAAAAAGUCAUUUAGUCAUGGUUUCCUCGCCUGAGACAGAAAUACAUAAAUGAUUUUUGGGAGCCUAAGAAGUCCUCAUUACUAUGUGUUUGAAGUUGUUUACCUUCAAGUUCUCAGAAACAAAAUGUAUUCAAGUAAACAUAUUAGUACACACAGAGACACACAUAUUUGACAAAUAAACUAUAUAUUUUUAAGCCUAGAAAACAAUUUAAAUUUAUUAUACAUGAGUAUAAUAUAUACAGAGUAUCAUUUGUUGACUUCUUACAAAAGAUGCUAAUAAAAAAAAAAGGAAUAGUGAAACAUUCCUGUAACCACAAGACUUAGCAGGUUUGAAUAGGAAAAUCAUGAAUUCAAGUCUAACCUGUCUACAUAGUGAAACCCUGAAUCAGUAAAAAAUUAAAAAAUAUAUAUGGUUUAUUUUUUUCAAAAAUGCACAUAUAUUGUUCCUGUAUUAAUCUUAUAUAGGAAAUAAUAUAUUAGCAGUCAUAUUAAUUUGUAUAAAAAAUAAUCACAAGAUAAAAGCAAUCUUUCUUGAGAUAACACAUAAGUUGAUGAUUGAAUUGAGACUAUGAAGCAAAAAGUCACGAGUCUUUUAAGUUUCAAGUAUUUAUACCAAGCAGUUUUAUAUUUAAAAUGGUUCAUUAAUAAAGGGAGCUCUCUGUCAUUCAGGAAAUGUCAGCCAUGAAGUAGAUAAGGUCAUUCCCUCUGUGAAGUGAGAGACAAGAGAAAAGCAUUCAAAAACAAGAAAUUGUGCAAUGCCGAUACAUUCUGUGAAGACCCAAGAGGAGGAGAAUAAAGGAGAGUGACUAGGAAGUUAUGGGAGGUUGCUCUGGGGGUGCAGUUGUGCAAUCAUAAGAAGCGGAUUUGGGAGAAGUAUCUUCAAGGAGAAGGAACAGACCAUGCCAGCCUCCUAAAGCAAACAUCAGGUAGAGUUGUCCAAGGGCUAGUCUGUGAACACAGGCCAGCAGAGAAAGAAAGGGAGGGGGAACCUGAAUAGAGUCUGAGGCAGGAUUUCACAAGGAAUCUUCAGAGGGCACUGAACCUAGGGGAACUAACCAAGUGGAGCUAGUGCUUACCGCUCCACUUAGAGGUGUGAUUCUGCUCUCAAGAGACAGGCUUUUUCUGUCAUCCUAAAGCUUAGUCACAGUUUAUCAUGUUAACAACACUCUUUGGAAACAACACUGAAAUUUCCAAAUUGUUUGUAUUUGUGUGUGUGUGUGAGAGUGUGUGUGUGUGUGUGUGUCUGUGUGUAUGAUUGUGUGUAUGUGGCUGUGGGUGUGUGUAUAGUUGUGUAUCUAUGUGUGUGUGUGGCUAUGUGGGUGUGUAUGGCUGGGUGUGUGGCUGUGUGUGGGUGUGUGUGUUGCUAUGUUUGUGUGUGUGUAUGUGGCUAUGUGUAUGGCUGUGUGUAUGUGUAUGUGUGUGUGUGUGUGUGUGUGUGGCUGUAUGUGUGUGUGUGUGUAUGGCCGAGUGUUCAUAUGUGCCUAUUGAGGACAGAGAGUCUGCUGUGUGUCAUGGUCUGUCAUUCUCUAUCUUAUUUCCUUGAGACAGGGUCGCUCCCUGAACCUGGAACCUUGCUGGAAGAGAGCAAACCCCAAGAAUCCUCCCAUCCCCUGUGUUUACAGCAUUCUCAGUCACACCAAUACUUGUGCAGUAUGUGAUUUACCCAUUGAAUCAUCACCCUAAAACCAAAUUGCUUAUACUUUUAUACUGAUACUGUGUAACUUCAGAAUAUGUGAGACAUUCUAUUCAAGGACAAGACAGGAGAUUGAAAACGUAAUCGGGACUGUUUGGAAUAUGUAAUGAACUAGUUACUGUAACUGCAUUCAUGAUUUAAAGUAAAAGCAUGGGUACAUUAGCCUUCCUCUAGUUUAAGUUACCUGCUGUCAACCAUUCUUUGAAAAUAGUAAAUGGAAAAUUCCCAAACCAUUUAUGAAUUUAAAGUGUAUGUUAUUCUGAGUAGUGUAAUAAACUACACAUCACUCUAUGAAUCAAUCUUUUAUUCAAGAACUACAUUCCAUUAGGUACUUAGCCAUCCUAGCUACCAGAUGCACUGUGGUGGUUUACUGGGGCUUAUGUUCAACUGAUUACUGUCACAAGAGAAACGAUAAUAGCAAUUCAGUUAUGACAAAGAGAAGCUGUGAAAUGCUUACUUUAAGUAAAAAGAUAAAAGUUCUCUAUUAUGUCAAAGAUGAGUAUAUAUAGGAAAAACAGUAUAUAAAAUAUUCUGUACUAACCAUGGCAUUAGGUAUCUACUGGGGGGGGGGUUGGAACAUAUCCACCUCUGCAACCAAAAAGAGGAGGGACUACCUUAUUCUAAUGGAAAGAGAAGGCAGAUUAGAAGACAUUCCUAGACGUUUAUUGGAAAGAUAUUUUUUAAAAAGUAGAGUGAAGAGAAUUCAUUAUACCACAUACAUAUACCCACAAGGUUAUUUUUAAAUAUCAGAAAUUAAGAUCUUAGAAUUCUCCACAAUAAAAAUCUCAGAAGACAAUAGAUAAAAUGGUAAGGAUCUUUGAGUGCUUGCUAAGAAUGCACGCCUGAAGACCAAGGCAGGAAAAUCACAAAUUCAUUGGCAGCCUAAACUUGAAAAUGAAAACCUUCCCUAAACAAACAAAACAAAAGAUUACAGUGUUUUCAAGGGAAAAUUUGUC